GGUAUUAACCCUUUUUAUUUGGGUGAAGAGAGAGAAACGAUCAACUGAAAAUUGGGGCAAAAACGUUCCUUGCGUGAAACGAAGAAGUGAAAAUUGGGACAAAAAACGUAGACCGUUCGAUUGGAUAAGGCCAAUCCAUCCAUAUUUUGGACCGGACGUUCCCUGGAUCCAAAAAGCAAGCCCAAGAAGUCGAACUACAGCACCGCAGGUUCUUCUCUCUUCUUUCACAGAACUGGUUGGCAGUGCUUGUGAACAACGGCAUGUAGAGAUCGAUAGCCACGCCCAGAGAAAGAAAGCACGAGGCGAAGCCCAAGUGAGACAAAAAAUCUAGGUAGAUCAGUGGAGAGGUUUGUCAGAUUCUACUGGAAUAUAUCAUCAUGAACAAGAUAACGUUACACGUCAAAGUCAUGUCCUGCAAAGGUCUCAAGGCAUUCAAUUUCUUCCAAAAGUUGUUAGUCUACGCCCUCGUUUCGGUAUUGAUGAGCAGCGAUAAGGAUAAGGAGGAGGUUCAAGUUCAACAGCAGCAGCACAGAACACAGCGAGACGAAGAAGGGGAUGGAGAUCCGGAGUGGAAUCAGGAGAUGCAAUUUGACGUGGAUGAGGGUUUUUAUUGGAACCACUCGGAUCGGAUGCUCAUCCACUUUGAACUUCGGCACGAAGGGAUCAUGUUUGGUGACAAAGUGAUUGGGGAAGUCCGUGUUCCAUUGAAAGAUCUGAUAGGAGAUGAGUUUUCAUCUGACGCAGUAGCCCGGUUCGUGACCUACGAGGUGCGUUCAACAGAUGGAAAAUCCAAUGGAGUCCUCAAUUUCUCCUACAAAUUGCUGAAUUCUAUACCAAAGGAUCAACCUUUAGCAUAUACAUCCUCCGGCAAUAUCACCGGAUAUCCAACAUCACCAAGAGUUCAGUAUCCGCCGCUGGAGAAAGUGGAACCCUUGGCGGUGCCUCAACAAGUCCCUCAUUCUUGGCCGACACAAUAUCAUUAUCCGCCUCCGCCCCCGGUGGCUCAUGGGCCAUAUUAUUACCCUCCUCCUCCUCCUCAAGUUCAUUAUUGGCCACCACAACGGCAUGUUGGCCCGCAAGACACGUGGAGCUCUAGCAGUGGAGAACCACAUGCCCUUGGUAAUGAAGAGAGGGGACCUGAAGAGAGGUGGCCAACACCAAGUGGUCAUCACCACCAUUGGUCCCCAUUUUGAAAUGGCAGGUGAAGACGGCCAACUUUGAAUUGUUGAUAUGCUGCUGCUGUUCAAGUAGUUACUCCUCUCUCCUACAUUUUUUGGUCUGGUAUGCACUUUAUUUGCUUGCUCGAGUGUGGCACUUGAUUACUUUUUGAAAAUUAAUUUAUUCGAUCUACAUAUGAUUAGCAAA